AUGGACUCAUUUAAGACUCCUCUGGAAAGAUGCCUGGAAAAUCUAGAGUGCCACUUCACCUGGAUUCUCAGUGGCGAUGUUCGCUAUCUGCAAGAUUAUUUGGAGGACUGCAGGCAGCAUGGUUGUGCUUGGGAGGGGCACCUGUACAACCUACUGGGUUACAUCACCUACCACAUCAGCAAAUCCCCAGAGGAAGCUCUGACGUACCUGCGAAAGGCUGAGGUGGUGCUCAAAGGACAUAACAUGGAGGGGAGAGGACCACGCCUUCUGGUGAACCAGGCAAAUCUGGCCUGGGUGCAUUACCUUUUGGGUGAGCAAGCAAAGAGCGAAGCUUAUCUGAAGGAAGUGGCUAGGCUCCAGGAGGAUUUUCCUGCCCCACCCGGUUGUGAUCUGCAUCCAGAGGUUUAUGGGGAGAAAGGCUGGACUCAGGUGAAGUUUGAUAAUGAUUUCAAGCAAAAAGCAAUAGAUAACUUUGAGCUGGCUUUGAGAGGAGACCCAGACAGGAAAGGGUGGCAUACAGGCCUUGCUCUGGCCAAGUAUAGAGCUCCUUUUAGCACAGGGGAUAAACAGUUGAGAGAGGAAAUCAUACAGCAAAUGAAACAUGCCAAGACAAUAGAUCCAGAUAACCUACACCUGGCAGCUGUCUACUUGAAAGCAUUGGCACAGGUUGGCAGGAACACAGAGGACAGUGGUACCGCAGAUUUCAGGGAGCUGAUGAGAAAAUGUAUCCACAUUUAUGAAGAAGUCACCAGUUUUUACCCAUACUACUAUUGUGGGAAAAUUGCUCUUGCAGAUAUCUAUGCCAUUUCUGGGAACACAGAGAAAGCAGAUCAAAUAUAUAUGGAUCUUCUCAAGGAGGAAGAUCUAAACCCUGAAGAGGAGCUGAUGUUGUGCAUCAGCUAA